GACAGUUCCAGAUUCGUCCCUGAACCAGUGCUAAUAGGUGUAUCAAGAAAGCUCUCGCAUCAGCCAUCAUCUAGUUCAGCAUGUGAUCGCUGAUAGGUGCCUUGCCCAUACGAUGUACACCUAGUAAUCACGGACCUGAUUAAGGUGCAGCCCCAAAUGAAGCGUUAGCUCACGGGCUCGUAUCCUUACCAGGCCUCUUAAAGACGACACAAUGUCCCGGCAGCCGUCAACAAUCCUCUCGAUUCAUGGCACUAAGCAACUUUGAACUGGCACUGGCUCUUAGUAACUUUGUCGGAAGCGCUCUUUCCUCUCUAGGUUCAGGAUUUAUUAUCAUCUGCUACGUAUUCCUCCCGUUGAACAAACAUUAUCGACACCUACUCAUUCUGAACUUGGCAAUUGCAGAUUUUAUCAAUGCUACGACCAAUGUAAUAUCUGGAACCGUCGUUCUCGCUACUGGUCCUUUAUCCCGAACUCCAGCUUGUAUCGCAAAUGGAUUUAUCGAGCAACUUUCUGUUCAAGCGACCGAUACAUCCAUCCUGGCAUUCUCUAUAGUCACCAUCCUGAUUACGGUCACUGUGUCUCAUGAGUCCUCAUGGACAGCAAAAUCGAGUAAAGGCAAAGAGAGGUUUGUAGUCAUGGUCUGUUGUUGUACAUGGGUGAUGCCUAUCCUGACAAGCUUUAUUGCGCUCGGGAAGGGUCACUAUACGGCAGUCUCUGGUAACUGGUGCUGGCUGACACCAGAGCCUGUCUAUGUGCGCUACGUACUGACUCACGGGUGGCGUUUCCUGUUCAUAUUUAUCGAGAUAGGCCUUUACACAUACCUAUCUAUCUAUCUACGAAGGCGAAUCAAGCUCGUCAGCUUAGUUUCAACACAGAAUACCCCUCAUUCAAGGAUGAACUUGCGCAACAGAUUCCGUGAUCUUGAACAGUCGUCGGGUUCAAUUCAGAUGCACCAGCUUCCCAUCAAGAUCCCCUGCGAUCAAUCAGAGUCGAUGCCCUGCGUUGAAUCCAAAAAUGACCCGUCUUCACCUCGAAGUGUUUUUUCAGGUGCGCCCACUUGUUCCCACGACCAAUAAAAGCAAAUCUCGAGAAUUUUGCUUUUGAACGCGUAUCCAAUCGCGUAUAUCAUACUCUGGA